AUCGAGCAGUAUCGAACCUAGGUUAUUUGAAAGUGAUCCUCGUGUGUCGUGCUACUUGGUAUAUUCUUGUGUAGUUUGCUUCGUAUGCUGCUGCAGAGCAUUUGCUUAGCGUAGAGUGUAUCAUAAACGGCGAUUGCAAUGGGCAUUUGUUGUGGCAGUUCAGAACGAGUUGUAAAACCUUCUGAUGAAGAUAUUCAACAUCCUGCAGAAACCGAGCCUCUUAAAUAUGACCCAAACUUCAGAGGUCCACUUUCAAAGCGCUCCUGCACGGAUCUUCCUUGUCUUCUUCUGUUCAUCGCAUUUCUUGGAGCUUGGGGUUUUGUAGCUCAUUAUGCCGUACAACAUGGUGACCUCAACCGUCUACUUGUGCCAAUUGAUUCGGAUGGACGAAAAUGCGGAAUUGACAGUGAAGUUCAAGAUGCGCCGUAUCUCGUAUUCUUCAACAUUACCGAAUGUGCCAAAAUCGAAGUGCCCAUUUCCGGAUGUAAAACAACGCAGGUUUGCGUCAAUGAGUGUCCAACGGAAAAUAUUGAUUUCGAUAUCCAAAGCUGUAACAAUGCUGUAUUCAGUCAAUUUCGCGAAAAGCUUGUUUGCAAAACUAGUGUGAACAAAGGCGAUAUGAAAACGUGUCAAGACAUACAAAAGAAAAUUGGCGAGGACCUCUGUGCACAAUUUAUUCGAAAGAGUACUUCAUUGGCAAACCGGUGUAUAUCUAACAUAGACAAGGAAUGCCCACGAGAAUCUAAAAAAAUACAGACAUGCAAGGAAAAACUGGAAAUUGGCAAUAUUUUGCAAGAAAACCCUAGCAAGCUGGAAUCAUUUUUGGCAAAAUACGUCAAUAACCUCGUUUCUUUCCUAACAAAUGGCAAAGUGUUCCAUAAGACCAGUCAAAUGAUCGUUGAAGAUAUUCUUCAGUCAUGGCCGAUAAUAGUAGGAUUCAUAGGAAUUUCGGUGCUCGCCAGCUUAAUUCUUAUUACGAUGCUCCGUUGGAUAGCGAAACCAUUGGUGUGGAUAUCGAUCAUUGGUGUUAUAGCAGCACUCAGCUAUGGUGUCUACUACAGCUAUCGAGAGUAUAAAAUAAUCAUCGCCAACCCGACGGAUUCGCACGUUAAUGUGUCUCCAAAUUUAAGCUCGUUGAUUAAUUCCUGGUUCAAAUCCGAUCAGACGUGGCUCAUCAUACUGAUAGUAUUGUCAGUAUUUUUGGUUAUUUUGCUGUUAGUUGUGCUUGUUCUUCGAAAACGAAUCGUUAUAGCCAUCGCGUUGAUAAAAGAGGGCAGCAAAGCUGUCAGUGCAUGCUAUACGUCUGUAUUCUUUCCCAUAGCUCCAUGGUUGCUGCAAGCGGCAGUGUUGGUAUUUUCUCUCGUUGUACUGCUCUUCUUGGCUUCGAUAGGUGAUCCAGUGUACAAAAUCGCUGGACUCAACAGCUCCUCCUGUGUGUGCAACAAUGGAUACAAGGAGGGUGAUCUAUGUGAUCCUAUCGUCUUCAAUGAAAAAUGCUCGAAUAGAAACGAUCAAACUCGAUGCUUGGAAGCAGCAUGCCGCUUUAUGGAGGUUAAAACACCGCAAAUUGUUGGAUAUUAUCAUGCGCUGAACGUAUUGGGAUUCUUCUGGGGUAUUUGCUUCGUGUCUGCGUUUAGUGAAAUGGUUUUAGCUUUCACAUUUGCCACUUGGUACUGGACAAAACCAAAGGCACGAGUACCGUUUUUCGUAAUGACACGUGGCAUUAUGCUAACACUUUUCUAUCACUUAGGUACCCUAGCCUUUGGAUCUCUGAUCAUUGCUAUAUGCAAGAUCAUACGAGCCUGUUUGGAAUACGUUGAUCAUAAAUUAAAAGGGUACGACAACGGAGUAACUAGAGCCAUUCUGUGCUGUUGUCGAUGUUUUUUCUGGUGUCUCGAAAACUUCCUCAAGUUCUUGAACCAGAACGCGUACAUCAUGUGUGCAAUUUACGGGAAAAAUUUUUGCUCCAGUGCCAAGGACGCAUUCAGUCUACUGACUCGAAACGUGUUACGUGUAAUAGCGCUGGAUAAAGUCAUGGGAUUUUUGUUUUUCCUUUCCAAGCUGGUGCUUUCCUGUGGUAUGGCUUCGGUUACAUACGUACUCUUUGAAAGCGACAUACUUCCAACAACACUGAACUUUUCCUUUGUACCAGCUGUGCUGGUUUUCAUCGGAACAUUCAUCAUUGCUUCAAUCUUUUUCAGUGUCUACUCUGUUGCCGUGGAUACAUUGUUUCUGUGUUUCUUGGAAGACAGUGAGCGUAAUGAUGGCAGCCCUGAACGACCGUUUUACAUGUCUAAAGGACUGUUGAAGAUACUCGGAAAGAAAAACGUUCCCACCAAAUCGCAACCAAAUUAGAGCUAUCAGUGAAACAACUACUCAUGACGAUUGCAGUAUUCUGUAAAAUCGUCUGAUCGUAAACUAUCACACGACAAGCGGCCAACCAAAUUUACUUUCAUGUAUUUAGUGAUCUGGAUGAAUACUAUAUCGUCAUUCUAAAUCGUAUAAGCAAGAUGUUAAAUCUAAGACCAUAUUUUAUAUACUUAUACAUACGCAACGUAUAAAACUGGUGUGAUAACAAAAAGCGAUUAACAGUGGACAUGAAAUCAUCGUAAGAUGAGAAGCGAUGUAGACUAGUAUGUUCGCAGGAACAAAGAGAAGGCAAUAUACAAUAAUUGUAUUCAAUUAUUACCAAUACCUCUAAAUCCAACUACGCAUCGUAUUGCGAUGUCUUUUUAAUAACUUAUUUACCGCUAAGAAUGAAUGAUGAACGAGUAGAAGUUUUAAGGAGAUAGAUUGUUCGAUGUUCUAUAGAUGAAAUCGGAAAAGCGACAAGGAAAAGUAUUUCAAACGUUUGAAAGCAAUCAUACAUUGCAUUGGAAGCGUUAUGGUUUAUUUGUUACCAGAAAUGUAAUACAGGAAUUGCGAAAAUGAAUUGUGUCAUUACAAAAUAUUUUGUAUCUUUCUACUGUA